GAGUUAGUCGAUCAGUGCGGAUGUAUAUUUACGCGCGCGAGUAAUUUCAGUGCACAAAGGAUUACUAUUAUUUGUUUUUUUUUUUUUUAUACUACUUAGUAGCGAUUCGUUUUAAUUCGUGAACAAAUUGAAAGUGUACAUUUGUGAGGAGUUUUGGUAGUGAAUAACAUACACAGCAAUAAAAGGAAAUAGUGUUAACGAAUGUGUUUCACACAGUGUUUGUGUAUGGAAAUUUAUUGUUCAACAAAGAGUGAAUCCAAUAUGCUGAAGUGAUAAAAUUAAGCAAAAUUGCAGCACCAUUUCCAUGCUAGUAAGAAGAUGAGUUCAUUCUUGAUGGGUUAUCCCCACCAUUUUCAAUCCAUGGGUAUCAAUAUUGAACCGAAAUUUCCUCCGAGUGAUGAAUACGGCUUCCAUAAUGGAUACAGUAGUGUAAAUGGGAUUACGCAAACCGGAAAUGAAUACUUGCAUCAUGCCGCCCAGAGUGACAUGCUGCACCACAAUAAUGGUGGCAACAGCGGCGGCAGUGGUUAUAAUGGCUACGGGCAUGGUAUGAGUGGUCAUUAUUAUCAUCACCACCAUCACCACCAUCAUAAUGGGUACGCCUCUCCGGUGCAGAUGCACCCAGUGACUCCGACAUCCACCCCUGCAGUUGUACAGCCAUCAACGCCGGCAAGCGGCUCAACACCAAAUCAGAAUGAUGGAUACGUGUCAAGCUCAACGCCGUAUUAUUCGGGCUUUUAUAGUAGUAAUGCACACCAAUCGCUAAUGGAUGUUCCAUUACAAUGCUCUGAGAAUGAAGUUAGCAAUACGGCACUAGGAUUACAAGAAUUAGGUAUAAAACUUGAUAGGCGAAUAGAGGAAGCUGUACCAACGGGGCAACAACUGCAGGAGCUUGGUAUGCGGUUGCGAUGUGAAGACGUCGGAUCAGAUCAGGAUGAAUAUCUGGACGAGGAACGAAUGAUGCUGGACCGAUCGCCCAACGAGACAGAAUCCAACGAUGGCGAUCUGGACGAGCUGGACACCGAUAACGAACUUGACGAAGAUUCGAUAAAUAUCACAAGUGAUGGCGAAAGAAUCAUUUAUCCGUGGAUGAAGAAAAACCACGUUGGUGGAAUGGCGAACGGCUCGUUUCAGCCGGGAAUGGAACCGAAACGCCAACGUACCGCCUACACCCGGCAUCAAAUACUAGAACUGGAGAAGGAGUUCCAUUACAAUCGUUAUCUGACCCGACGACGGCGGAUAGAAAUAGCCCACACACUGGUCCUGUCAGAGCGUCAAAUUAAAAUAUGGUUUCAAAAUCGGCGGAUGAAGUGGAAGAAAGAUAACAAACUGCCGAAUACGAAAAACGUACGAAAGAAAAACGGCGAUCAAGGUAAAAACAACACCACAUCUAACGCUACGGGCGGCCCAACGAAAAAAGGUCGUAAAGCGAACUCGUCAAGUUUAUCGAGCGGGAAGAAGCAGAUGAACCUACAGAAUGAAUGCUUUCGCACCGAGAGCCUUGACAGCAUGACGGACAUCCAUAAUUCAUUGAAUGGAAGCAAUCUCGCUUCAGCCCCGUAUAUUUCUGCAUCGGACGUCACCGGGGUGCUGUCGAUCAAUAACAGCAACAGCAUCAACUCCGCCGAGUCCGCCUCUCACGAGCAGCAUCCGUCACCGAUUUUGAACAACCCACCAGCAGUUGCCGGCAGUGUAAAUACAGUAGUUGCUCAUUCGAUCAGUAUUAAACAUGAUUACGAUCUAACAGCCCUCUAGAACUAUUUCCAGUCAAGUUUAUUAUUUAUUUGCCUAAUACAACUAGCUUUUAACGGAAGUAUUAUCCUGCUAGAACAAAAAGACCAUCAUUCGAUGCACGUUGCACGUUGUCCGUCGAAAAAUACCAAACAAAACUCAUGUCAUGUGUUGCCCCUAAAGCACUCAUUUCUAUAUGUACAUGCUAUAUUAUAAUUGGAGAUUAGUUUUAAGUUACUGGUAGUAGACCUAUUAAAUAUGAUGCGGUACUGUGGUACAGAAAUUAUUUCAAACAAACAACCAGAGUACGAUCUUCCUUUUCCAGACUCACUGGACUCGCCGCUCAUAAAUUCCGAACUAAAUACGCAUCACAUUUGACAGCUCAAAUCAAGCUUUAAAUUUGAUGCUGGUAGACCAAAAUUCAACAGUAUAGUUGAAAUUUAAACUGGUCCCGGGCAAGAGAAGGUUGAAUGAGCGUUUAUUUGUCUGUUUCUAAUUUUUUUGAAUUCAUAUAAUUAAAACUCCGUCCGUAACAUAGAACACUUACUUCAACGGCUUACGUUAAACUUUCCGCACAAAAUUAAACAGAUUUUAAAAAUUCCAGUACUUUAGAGGAGUAUUAUUUAAACAAUAGAAAGAUAACUACAGUUUAGUCAUUGCUAAACGUGUAAAAUAAGCAAAACAAAUAAACAAUAAAAACCGUAGGUGAAUAGUAAAUUCUUGUACCACAAAAACACACACCCACACAAACUGUAACUAUUGAAAUAAAUUCGGAUGAAACAGUGAUGUAUUUUUAAGUAUACUAAUUCAUGAACGUUGUAAAUAGUUGUACAGGACUGAAUACUUUCAAAUGGGUAUGAUUUGCUAUCCCAACAACAUAGUCAAUGUAGGUUUUGUGCCAUUACUUUUGAAUUGGUUUCACUUUAGUAGAAGUAUUGUCGAACGCAUUUAAAAGUUCUAAUUUUAAGAAUUCAACCCACUGUUUUGCUCUCCAGAUUUUGAUUACAACAGUGUAGCAUAAGCUGACGACAUGUUUGAAACUGCUGGAGCACUGAAGCAUUAGUUUUUCGGUUAAGUAGCGUCUAAAGUAUUAUAGAACUAAAAAUAAAAUACA